AUGGCGCCACCAACUGGGCACAUGCGCCGCGGCGAUGAUGACUUCAUGGGCAGACAAGAUCCAGAGAUAAUAUGUUAUCCAGUGCCCAUACACCUGGCGCAGCAACAGCCCCCUUGGAAGGAACUCAGUGGCCAGUUCACACUCAAUUCUGCCAGACAAAACGCCUAUCACUUUGAUCCAUCUGCACCAUGCGAUGAUCUGGAUUUUGUGAUCAAAUCCAGCUAUGACCAUCAAAGAGACCUUUUCAAAGAUAAAAAAGAGGUUCUUCGGCAAGCUGAAGUAUAUGAUGAACAACAUGGCCAUAUUUUUGUGAACCGAAUAAAGAAACUUCCUACAAAGAAGAUGCCUUUGAACCAUCCUCUGAUUAUUACAUGUCAAGCAAAGAAAGAGAACACUGACAGUAUUAAAACCCUUCUAGGUGGCACUCACAUCCAUGCAACACGGCAAGGGUACAGCCGCAAGCCGCACACAGGGGGCUUCUUCCUGACCUCAUAA